AUGUUAAGCGAUUGCGUGAUAGAUAAUAGAGAGUCGGCAAAGCAUAUAAUUAGCUAUAUCGAAGACGGAACAUUCUUUUAUAUCUUUGACUCAAUUAAAAUUGCAGUCAAUGUUUUGAAAUAUUCGAAGCUAGGAUUGAGGAAAGUUGAUUUACUCUUCAAGUUCGGAAGAGAACAAUUAAGUACUAAUGAUUUAUUCAGAAGUUUUCAUAAAGCUCGUGUCCACGUUAAAGAUUACAAAGAAUUGAAGUGCUUAAUAACUCUUUUUGAAGAGAAACUUGAUUUCAGAUCAAUGAAAGAAAUCAGCUAUCAUUUCGACAAAAUUUUUCAAGAAAAUCAAAAAUUAACAGAACAUUACCAUGAUCUUUAUAACAAACUUCGGGAAACCUCAAAGAACUGCGAGGAACUUAAGCAAAAACUUGCCCAGCAACAAGAUUCCAUUAAGCAAGUUAAUGAAUUAAAAUCACAAAUUUCUUCAAAAGAUUCUGACAUACAAAAUUUACAAAAGCAACUUAAAUCAAAAGACAACGAUAUUUCUACAUUGAAGUCUCAACUUUCUUCCAAAGAUUCCGAAAUUUCAUCGUUACAGAAGCGCCUUGCUUCCAAAGAUUCGGAACUUCCACCGUUGAGAUCCCAUAUUUCUUCCAAAGAUAAUGAGAUCCAGUCGUUGAGAUCUCAACUUUCUUCCAAAGAUUCCGAAAUUUCAUCGUUACAAAAACGUCUUUCUUCCAAGGAUUCGGAACUUCCUCCGUUGAGGUCUCAGAUUUCUUCUAAAGAUUCCGAAAUUUCUAACUUGAAGAGACGAAUUUCUUCCAAAGAUGAAGAAAUUGAGUCAUUGGAAUCUCGUCUUUCUUCCAAAGAUAAUGAAAUUUCUACAUUGAGGAAACGCGUUUCUUCCUUAGAAAGUGGAUAUGAUUCAUUGAAAUCUCAGAUUUCUUCCAAAGAUGACGACAUUUCUACUUUGAGGAAACGUCUUUCUUCCAAAGAUUCCGAAAUUGACUCAUUGAAAGAAAGUAUUUCAUCCAAGGAUGAUGACAUAUCUGAAUUGCAGUCACGUAUUUCAUAUAGGAAUAAUGAAAUUUCUAAAUUAAAGAAUACUAUUUCUUCCAAAGAUGAUGAUUAUAAAGCCAAAUGUGUUGAAGUUGCUGCAUUGCAGGCAGGUGUUUUAUUAAUGCAAAAUCAACUUCAGCAAAACCAAAAUAUGAUCGCUCAAUUGUAA